AUGGCGCAGCCGUCCACACCUUCCGCACCUCUGACAACCUCCAUCUUCGGUGGUAACGUGCAGGCCACGGGCAGCCAUCAACCAGCAAACGCAGCCCUGACCCCGGCUUCGGGCUCAUCCAACAAUACCUACAUCAUGCCCAAUUCUCCCAUGAAGGGUCGCUCCAUGAUGGAUGGCUACCGGCCCAAGGUCACCCGUACUCUUGGACAACGACCCGCCUGUCUGGUCAAUGCUUCGGUCACCUAUUGCGGAAACAAUCAGAUCUACGCUUUUGGCGGAUUCGACCAAUACACCGACGAGGUCUACAAUCAUGUGUUGAGGCUCGAUCUGGUCAGCCACCAAUGGAACCUGGUGGACAACUAUGGCGAUAUACCAGGAGUAAGAAUGGGCCAUACGGCUACUUUAUAUAAAGGCGAUAAGCUGCUCGUAUUUGGCGGCGAGAACGAACACCGGACAUACCUCUCUGAUCUCAUUGUCUUUGAUCUCAAGACGGCACAUUGGACCCAGCCGUCAGUCACAGGACCAAUUCCAAAAGGCCGGGCCCGCCAUGCGGCAGUCCUCCACGAGGAUAAGCUAUUCAUUGUUGGAGGUAUCACCGGUCACGAUAACUACGUUCUGGACGACAUUUGCUACCUAGACUUGAAGACGUUCACUUGGUCCAGGGCAUGGCGCUUCGUCGGCAGAUUUGACCAUUCUGCGUAUAUCUGGGGCGAUAGAGUCUGGGUUUUUGGAGGACUCAGCGAGGAUAUGGAUAAGGUUAGCGACCUUUGGUGGUUGGAUCUCAAAGGUAGCCCAGCAUUCGACUCCGCGCCUCAAAUCGGAUCAUUCGACAGACCUGGAAUGAGCAGUCGUAUUGGUAGCUCCCCGAGGCCGCCAUACUCCAUGGCCCAGUCACCGGUAGUCGGCGCGUCCGGUUAUGCAGCGAACUCGAGGACUGCUCAGGUCAACCCGCCGUCUUUCCAAUUGAAGUCCUAUGCUCCGAUGGCUCCAGGUUCGAUCUCGGCCCUCAAGUUUGUCUCCAGUCCGAGCGUUCCUUCCCAGGGCUCUGGAAUCCAUUUCCAUGUCUACUCUUCUGGCACACUUCUGGACUUUGUCACGCCUGCGGCUACCAUCACAUCCAAAGACUGCUCUUUAUCAGCUUUGGACUUGGGUACUAUGCGCUGGCAGAAGCUGGCAGAAGGACGUGAGAUCUUCAAAUCUGGCUACCGCUGGCAUUAUUGCACCAUGAACGAAGAUGGUACAAAGGCCUGGCUUUUGGGAUGUCCAACAGACCCGGGAGCAAUUGACCUCGGUGCAAACGGUCUCGAAGAAUACCUCAGUGACAUCAUGGAGAUUGAUCUCCGACGGUACGGAUUCCUUGGCAACAAUCUUACUCCGGACCCAAGGACAGAGUUGGUCAGACCGUCGUCUAGAACUCGCCACGUCGAAACCCCGUCAAAAGGUCUCGGGGCAGAUCUGGCGAAGCUGUUCAAUCAGCCACCAGAGACGGGCAGCGGUGCCGAUUUUAUCAUUACUGCUCUGUCCGGGGAGUGGGAAGAUGAGGAUAUCAUGGGCUCGGCUCUGAUUCGUGCCAGCGAUGCAGGUGAUGGAGACCAAACGUGGCUCUCACCCGACGCACCCACGUCACCGCCAAUCCAUGUGCAUCGACUCAUCUUGCAGGCCCGCUGGCCACAUUUCGCAAGACUCUGGUCAUCACAGAUGGCCGAGUUCCACACCAAGAAGAUGCAUAUCCCGGAACCCUACAGUGUCGUCAAGGCCUUCCUGUUCUAUCUAUACACUGACAGGAUCGAUUCCUCCAGCGAUGAUGAGGACGGAGCCAGCGCUGACCUCUCAGAUGUGGCUGGAUUGUUGGUGAUGUCGAAUAUCUACAACAUUCCGCAUCUGCGAUUGUUGUGUGUUAAUCGACUCAGUAAAGAGCUGGAUGUCGAUCACGCCUGCAUCAUCUGGUAUUGUGCGGGACUGGCGAACGAAGAAUGGCUCCGAAAACGUGCGGCCGGCUUCUGCCUCACACACUGGGGCAGGAUCGUCCGCACCAGCGGGUUCCUACGACUCCCUCGCUCCGCACUUGUGGAGCUGUCACAGGAGAUUGACACGGAGGGCCGUGUCAUAGGAGGAGAGGAGCUAGACAUGUUUGCUGGCAUGGACGGUGGAAGAUAUUCCGACUCGGCCAUGUCGAGGAGGAAAGAGAGUAUCAGCAGCAACCAGACUCAGAUGAUUGAGUCCGAUGGUGAAGAUGAUGACGGUAUGGAAAUGACUUAA